UAUUGUCUAUUAGUAUAACCUGAAUUCUGAGCUACAACCGUUCUUCCACCAUGAAGACCAUCCCCGGCAGCAAGGCCGAGCCGGAGAAACUCUCCGGCACGGCAGCGGAUCACGAAAACCGCAACCGGGAGACGGUGAAAAUGGUGUACAAGGCAUUGCGUGACGGCGACACGGAGAAGCUGGCGAAGGUGGUGAGGGUGGAGUUGGAAUGGUGGUACCAUGGACCUCCUCACUGCCAGCACAUGAAGAAAGUGUUGACCGGGGAGUCAACGGCGACGCAAAAGGCUUUCAAGUUUAGGCCUCGGAGGAUCAGGGCCGUCGGUGACCGCGUGAUGGUUGAAGGGUGGGAGGGGGCGGGGGAGUACUGGGUCCACGUGUGGAGGCUCAAGCACGGGAUUAUUGCCCAGCUUCGUGAGUAUUUCAACACGUUGAUCACGGUGGUGCUUCGGGUUUUGGAGGACGGUGAUGAGGCUCGGUGUUGGCGGAGCACCGACCGGGUUCGGGUUCAAGGGUCGUUACCGGAUAUUGUGCUUUCCAUUUGAAUCAUAUUUUGAUCAAAUUAGUGAUUUUUUUAAUCAUCUAACUAAUCUUAUAUCUUAAUUUCAUUUAAAUUAAGAUGAUAAUUGUUAUCAAAGUAUUUUUUUAAUAUACUUAACAAUGAAAUUCUCAUUUCU